AUGAAGUCCUUUGCAGCGAUUGGCCUUCUUGCCUGUUUCAUUGGCGCUCUGAUGACAACUGUUGCGUCGGAGGAAACGUUCGAAACACCUGAGAACCAGGAAAAUAACAGUGAAUUAGGCGCCCCUAAGGAAACCGUUGAGAAUGAUGAAGUUGAUAAAGAAGACGACGAAAGUGAAGACGGUGAUGAUGAAAUGGAUGAUCCUGAAAGGUAACUAAUCCAGGCCACGGUACGGGGCCUGUUCUUCAUAUAAAACUAGUAGAGGUAAAGGUAAGGAGUCCUUAUGUUAUGUCGGUAGCUCGAAAUAGUCAUCUGACUAACACAUCUGAGGCCGAUAGUGCGCUCAUUUUUAACCUCCUUUCUCCAUUAGUUCUCCGUUUUACGGGUAUUUAAAGCUACUUAAAACUACGUGGAAAGGAAAGAAGUAGCAGGAAGCAUUUGUGGUCACACCCGGGAAUCGAACUCGGGACCUCUUGUGCACAGAAGGCCGCGCACUAACCAACUCUCCUAAGUAUAAAUUUUAAAAGCGACAGAGGUAUUUUCUUUUAAGCUUGUUUUAUCCAGAUUGGUUAUCCGAUAGACAUCUCGAUGAUUCUGUGAUUGUAAACCUUUUUCCGUUUGUCGGUUGGUGCUCAAACGCUAAACGCCUCCACUUCAGCUGCUUCCUUCUCGACAGUCAUGGCUUGGUUUAUGCUUAGUCCGAAAGUUGACAUGACAUUUAAUCGAAUUUAGACAUUUUAAUAAGUGAGCUAUGUGUGGCUUCAUAGCUCAGUUGGUAGAGCAACGCACCGGUAACGCGGAGGUCACGGGUUCGAAUCCCGUUGAAGCCCUUCACUUUCAUCUACAACCGCAGUUCAAAAAUGAAUUAUUUCAUAUAUACUUCACAUCAUUUCACUCCUCACGGGAGAUAUGAACUCAAUAAAUUGACCUCGCUCCCAAUGUGUGGCUUCAUAGCUGAGUUGGUAGAGCAACGCACCGGUAACGCGGAGGUCACGGGUUCGAAUCCCGUUGAAACCCUGAUUUUUUCAGGCUUCUUCUUUCCAAUUACUUAAAUUGGAAAAUUUACUGCGAUGAUCAUUCUUCACUUUCAUCUACAACCGCAGUUCAAAAAUGAAUUAUUUCAUAUGUACUUCACAUCAUAACAACAAUCGCUGCUGUAACCUUUGCAAUUCUUAGAGACUACCUUUUAUAUACCUUAUAAAUUGUUUUAUUAUACAAUUUAUACAUGCUACAUAUUUUAAUUGUAUAUACAUUAUUAUUAUUAUUAUUUCUUAUUUGUAAAUAAUUUUUAUUUUUGUUUCCCCAAUUAGUUGUGAAAACUAAAUACAUUGACACAUUAAUAAAGCUUUUACUUUACUUACUUACUUACUUUUCGACUAAGGACUAAUUUUCACACUGAGCCGAACAGAAUCCUCCACUGAGACCAGCACAAAUCACUCAAAUCUCUCUGUCUCAGAUACAUGAUGACAUCAGACAUGCUCAGUUUCUCUUCACCAAGCUUCGUCACUCCCUGCACUACAAAACCAAAAGCCGAGCAGAAACAAAUGACAUAUUUCCGCCGGUAUGAAUUGCCACCAACCUCGGGAUCGGAUAGUGAAGUCGUUAUUAAGUUACUUUCUACAACUUUAGACCUUUGAUCGCCCGUCUUUCAUUCUUUCUUGGUACCUCCUUGGAAAAAAUCGAAGGAUAGUGCUAUUAAAAAAUUUUAUUUUUCAAAAAUUUACGCGCUCCAAUUUUUUAAUCGCUACAGUCCUGAUUGUUGCUUAUGACUAACAAUCUAUUCCUUUCCUUUCAGUCCAAACCCUGUUUCUCAAGAUGACGAUGAAAACGACAAUGCAGAGUUAGAGAAUCCAGAAAGGUAAACCAUAUUCAAAAACUGAAAUAUGUUAGCAAGUGUAAGUCACGACCAUUUCAACAAAUUUAAACGUCCCAGCGCUGACUUGCACACAUUCUGUUUGAUAAGUGAAAAAAUAUUCAAAUCGUUGUAAAUAACUAACGAAUGUCUUUUGUUUUCAGUGUUUCCAUGACAGCAGGCAGCCCAGCAGCAGAUCCGAAGGCUUUACCUUGGCGCCCCGGCAAUCGCCGACGAUAUUAUCCACGUCGACGAAUCUCCUACCGACGCCGAUAUUAUCCACGCCGACGCAUCUCCUAUCGACGCAGAUAUUAUCCACGCCGACGAAUCUCCUAUCGACGCCGAUACUAUCCACGCCGACGAAUCUCCUAUCGACGCCGAUAUUAUCCACGCCGACGAAUCUCCUAUCGACGCCGAUAUUAUCCACGCCGACGAAUCUCCUCCCGACGUCGCUAUAAAGGAAAAAAAUGA